CUUUGUUUUCAUACCCGUGAUGCUGACACCUAAGGGGAGGAGAGCGAACAUGUAACUUCUUCACAAAAGAAGCUAAACAAAUACCUAGCUCGCUUUCCUGACACGCCAAAAACGUUAUAGCCUAAUUUCGGACGUUUUUGUCCAAGGUGUUUGCAUUACAAAAGAGCACCUCUGCGAGCUAUCAAAUGGACUUGCGGUUGUAGUUUCGAUUUCAACCUUGCCCACUCUGUUUGCAUUUAGCUAGCUAAUGUUAGCUGGCUCUAGCUGUGUAACUGCCUGUGUGGGGAUUUCUGUGGAGCCUUUGUCGCAGCAAUUGCCAGCUAGCAACAGCGAGUACUUCCCCCGUUUAUUGGGGGAGAAUCAUUCUUUUGUAAUAACACUGAGUUACUCUUGACAAUGACUUUAAUUUGGAAUUAGCCCAGUGCUAACGCUACUUGGUAAACUAUCAAACUAGCUGUCUGAGAAACGGACAAGUGCUCCUGGAGUACUUAACUGUCACCAUGGGUUCAUAUUUCCCAGAGUUGUAAAGUAUUUCAAAGACUCCAGAAACAAUGGUCGCUGAGAUAGAGUUGCAGAGUGACCGCUGAUUCCCCCCAAGCCUGUCCUUUGAACCGCUCCCCCCACACCUGCCCUUUGAACCCUGAAAUUAAGACCUGUACCCCCCUUCCCCACCCCAACCUCUCUUUUUCCCCUCCUGACACCUCACCAUGUUGGAAGGACUUGUUGCCUGGGUACUCAACACCUACCUUGGCAAAUAUGUUAGCAAUCUUAACACAGACCAGCUCUCCAUUGCUCUGCUCAAAGGGGCCGUGGAGCUGGAGAACCUUCCCCUGCGACAGGAUGCCCUGCGUGAAUUUGACCUGCCCUUCGAGGUCAAAGCAGGUUUCAUCGGGAAGAUCACCCUGCAGAUCCCGUUCUACCGGCCGCACAGCGACCCCUGGGUCAUCUCCAUGUCCCAGCUCAGCCUGAUCGUCGGGCCGGCGCAGCCCCAGGACGUGGACGAGGAGCAGGAGCGGGAGUGCGAGCAGGAGCGCAAGAGGCGGCUGCUCCAGGCCCUGGAGGACAAGUGGAAGAGCGACUGUGAGCAGAAAGGAGAGUCCUACUGGUACUCCGUCACGGCCUCCAUUGUCACCCGGAUCGUGGAGAACAUUGAGCUGAAGAUCCAAGGGGUUCACCUGAGGUUCGAGGACAGCUCCUCCAUGCCAGAUAAGCCCUUCUCCUUCGGCGUGUGUAUAAAGAACGUCUCGGCGCAGAACGCCUCCAAAGAGCUGACGGAGAAGCUUCAUCGCCAGAAGCAGCUGGAGAUCGAGGAGUUCAGCGUGUACUGGGACACGCAGUGUUGCAUGCUGGGGGAUCUUCCCGCAGCUGAGAUCCAGGAAGCAAUGACGGACUGCAUGAGGAGUCGGGAGCACCAGUACAUCUUUGAGCCGGUGUGCGCCUCCGUCCUGCUCCGCAGAAACGCCUCCAAAGAGCCGCUCCGGUCCCGCCACACCCCCCGCAUCGGGGGCCAGGUGCAGCUGGAGCCGCUGUCCCUGCGCCUGUCUCAGGUGCAGUACCAGCAGAUCAUGGCCUUCCUGAAGGAGCUGGACCGCCGGGAGAGGGAGAUGCUGUUCCGCAAAUGGAGACCCAAGGUCUCGGUGUCCGGAAACUGUCGGCAGUGGUGGCUGUUCGCCAUCGACGCGAACGUGAGCGAGAUCCGGGAGCUGCGGAGACGGGAGAACUGGAGCUUCGCCCUCCAGCGAGCUCGCGACGCCUGUCUCUACACGCGCCUGUACUCCCAGAAACUCAAGGGCCUGCCCCUCACCGCACACGAGAAGGCCGAGCUGGAGCGGGUGGAGGAUGAGCAGACCCUGGAGGAGCUGAAGAGUCUGAGGGAGAUCAUCCACGACACUUUCCGCAAGCAGCAGGAGCUUGCUGAGAGCGUGAGAGACUCGACCUCUGACCCCUCCCUCUGCACGCCCGCCGGGUCCAUCCCGAAGAGUGGCAGCUCUGGGAUGAUCCAGUACCUGCAGUCCUGGUUCCCCGGGUGGGGGGGCUGGUACGGGGGUCCCCAGGGGCCGGAGCUGAGGCCGGAGGAGCUGCUGAGAGAUCCGGGCACCUGGGAUAUUCUGGCCGAUACAGAGGAGCUGUUUGACCCCCUGGAGGACUCCCAGACCCUCAACACCUUCACCCGGAGGGACCACCUCUUCGCCCGGCUGGACUUCCUGCUGGAGAAGGGCGCGGUGACGCUUUUCCACCAGGACAGGAAGGGGGGCGCGCCCCACGAGAGUGGCGUCAUUCAGCUCGAGUUCUCUGGGGUGAAGAUCGGGGUGGAGUCCCUGCCCCGCUCUGAGUCCUCACAGCUCUCCGUGAAACUGGGCGGGCUGUUCCUCAGAGACCUCACCACCCAGGGCACCAUGUUCCCCGUCCUCGUCUCCCCGAAGCCGGACAAAAUGGCUGCCGGCAUCACUCAGCCGUUUGGACAGCCCAGUGCCUCGGACUCCUCCAACUCCACCCCCAGCACGGAGACGUCAGCGGCGCCCGUCUUCGAGAUGAUCUACGAACGCAAUCCUGCCAGGAGUAAAUUCGAGAGGCGCCUCGAGGUCAACACCAGCCCCCUCAAUAUCAUCUACAACCCGCAGGCCAUUAAGAAAGUGUCCGACUUCUUCUACAAAGGCAGAGUGCACACCUCGGGUUUUGGAUACCAGUCGGAGCUGGAGCUCCGGGUGGCGGAGGCGGCCAGGAGGCAGUAUAAUAAGCUGAAGAUGCAGACCAAGGCGGAGAUCCGACAGAGCAUCGACCAGCUGCUCGUGGGGGAGUUCAUAGAGAACAGCAAACGCUGGACGAUGAAGCUGGACAUCUGCGCUCCACAGGUGGUCUUUCCAGACGACUUCCACACGGAGAACCCCAUGCUGGUGGUGGUGGACCUGGGUCGUAUUCUCCUCACUAAUUCUCAAGAAGACCCCAAAAUAAAAUCAAAGACGGCACAGCCCGACGGGGAAGAAUUUAGCGAUGAAGAGUACCAGACUCCACUGGCCACGCCCCCGGGGUCCCCUCCCCCUGAGCCCGAGCCAGAGACAGAGUUCAAAGGUCAGGAGAAGAGCCCCGAGCUGUCCGGCGCGCAGCCCUUCUGCCGGAACCUGUACGAGAAGUACUCGCUGUCCUUCAACGACCUGCAGAUCAUGGUGGGCCGCUACCGGGACAACUGGAAGCACCUGCAGGAGAGCGAGGUGGGCCCCACCCACGUGGUGGAGAAGUUCAACGUGCUCCUGCAGCUGGAGCAGAGGCUGCGCUACACCUCGGACCCCCAGCUGCCCGGGGCCGUUCUCUCCGGGACCCUCCCGGACCUCAAGGUGCACAUCAACCUGGAGAAGAUGACCGCGCUGCGGAGCUGCCUGACCCGCCUGGGCAGCCCGGGAUCGGAGGAGGACAAGGAGCCGGGCGGAGGGGCGAACGCCCGGACGCCCGACCCGCUGACGCUGCGGCACGAGAAGAUCUUCCAGCGCGACGACAGCCAGUGGAAGCUGCAGGGCUCCACCAAGAACCUGGCCCACAGCGUGCAGACGCUGGAGCAGCACACGCGGGAGGUGCUGGUGGAGUCCCGGCUCCUCCUGGCCGAGUUCAACAUCAACUACAUGCAGCUGGGGGUGGAGAGCGGUGGGCGCUACAUAUCCGUGCUGAAGGUGUUCGGGACGAACGCCCAUUUUGUCAAGCGGCCGUACGACGCGGAGGUUUCCCUCACCGUCCACGGCCUGCUCCUGGUGGACACCCUGCAGACCUACGGGUCGGACUUCGACCUCCUGGUGGCCUCCCACAAGCACCUCAGCUUCGACGUGCCCACGGGGAGCCUCAGAGAGAGCCAGCCCAGCUCCCCCGUCUCCCCUGAGCACAAGCUCCCCGAGAUGGCGAACCUUCACGGGGAAUCGCCCCCGGGGCUGGCCUUUGAAAAGGUCUCGCCCUUCAGCUCGUUCCUCAAAGAUCAGGACGCCCUCAUCAAGCUGGAGUACCAGUUUGUCAGCUCGGACUGUCCGUCCAUGAACCUGGACAGCUCUCUCCAGGUGACCUCCAUGCAGGUGAACAACCUGGACAUAAUCCUGAACCCCGAGACCAUGGUGGAGCUCCUCAAGUUUCUCCAGAAGUCCUUCCCGAAGGAGGAGAGCACCCUGACGCCCCCGAACCAGCAACAGUCAGAGCAGCCGGAAGCGGGUGGCGAGCCGGAUGAGAUCUUCCAGUCCACGUACGACCAGAACACGGAGGUCACCGUGGAGAUCCACCGGCUGAACCUGCUGCUCCUCCGCACGGUCGCCACGGGAACUGUCCUGGGUGGCGAGAAGAGGGGCAUGAAGAUCGCCACGGCCAGCAUCAACGGCACCAAGGUCAACGUGUCCAUGGGCAGCCGCCUGGACGUCAACGGCUCCCUCGGGUGCAUCCAACUGGUCGACCUGACUCAGGAGGGGGGGAGGAGCCAGUUCGUGGUCAGCAUCGGGAACGUGGAGGACCUCUCGACCGCCGGGGGCGUCGCCUUCUUCUCGGACACCGGGGACACGCCCUCCGAAGCCUUGAACUUCCACCUGCUGGAGAAGUCCCAGGGGGAGUGCUCCCUGCGGCUGCACAUGGCCUCCCUGCACUACAACCACUCGGCGAAGUUCCUGAAGGAGCUCAGCCUCUCCGCCAACGAGGUGGAGGACAACUUCCGCUCCAUGCUGAAGACCGCGGCCACCAAGGUCUCCACCGUGCUGGUCAACAAGACGGCGGAGUACAGCGGCAUGGUGUCGCUCUUCGAGAACCCCUCCAGGAGGACGAGGAUGCAGAGUCCCAGCCGCUGGGCGUGCACCUUCGACGACGAAGAGGACUUCAUCGAACCCGAGAAGGAACCGAGCCUGGACUCCUUCAUGGUGAAGUUGACCCUGAACGUGAGCAUCGAUUCUCCGGUGGUGUCCAUCCCUCGCAAGCCCGGUCACCCCGAGCUGCUGGUGGGUCACUUGGGGAGCAUCACCAUUCAGAACUUUGUGGCUGGCGAGGACAGCUCGGAGAGGGAGAGGCUGCAGGUGGAGGUGAAAGACAUACGGCUGUACUCGCUCAACACCAGUCACCUGGUGUCGCGCAAGGCCACGCGGAGCGACUCCAGCUCCUCCUCCAACUUCUCGCCCGCCCGCAGCGGGAGCGUCAGCAAGGACGAGCCGCAGUUCACCCGCCACGACUUCUUCGAGUACCUGAACCGCGGUAAAGCCUUUCACAUCCUGAAGGACACCACUAUUCAGUUCACCCUGGAGAAAGUGCCCCUGGAUGACGAUACCCAGUUCUCCUUCCUCACUUGUGACGAGCCGUUUAACAGCACCGGCUUACUGAAAGUGGACGGGAAAUUUGUCAACGCCGUACAGGUGUGUCUGGCCAAGCAAGUGUACGAACAGGUGCUGCAGACGUUGGACAACCUCUCCUUCAUCGACGAGCAACGGGCCACGCCCAGCCAGCCCCCCACCCCGCCUCCGCCCACCCCGUCCUCCACGAAACCGCACCGCUUCCCCGACCCCCAGGGCGGGCUCUUCGCGCGCGACCCGCCCCUGGCCGGCCUGUCGUACGCCUCCCUGUCGUCCUCCCUCGCCGGCCCCUUGCCCCAGCGGGCCCACAGCCCGCCCGACCAGGCCCCCGCCUUCACCCAGGUGCGUGCCACCUUCUGCGUGUCCGAGCUGCAGGUCCAGCUCAGCGCCGACCUGAGCCAGGGGGCCCAGGGGCUGGUCAGCCUGCGCUUCCAGGACCUGCAGGGCGAGUUCUCCAAGGACCACCCGCACUCGCUGGGCGUCCAGCUGACCCUGCGCUCGCUGCUGAUGGAGGACCUCCUGGAGCCCAACCCGGACUCCAAGUACAAGCAUCUCAUGGUGUCCCGGGGGGCCCCGAAACCCUCCACCUUCAGCCCCAAGGAGUACCUCUCGCAGUCCUGCCCGUCGUCCUCCAACGCCCUGUUCCCCGACAUGCCCCGCUCCCUCCCCGCCCACAUGGAGGAGGCGCAGAACGUCUUCCAGUUCUACCAGAGGCACCCCAGCACCCCCGCCUCGGGGGGCCGAAAGAGCAAGAAGGACCCGGAGUGCCCCAGCACCCCGCCGCCCUCCCCGUCCCGCAACACCCCGUCCCCGCACCCGCCCCCGGACUUCGACGACUCCCUCGUCCACAUCAACGUGCUGCUGGUGGACCGGCGCCACCCGGAGUUCAGGACGCGCUACGGCAGCGUGGGCCGCAGCGUGGACGUCGACUUCAACUGCCUGGACGUCCUCAUCACCCUGCAGACCUGGGUGGUCAUCCUGGACUUCUUCGGCAUCGGCUCCACCGCCAACAACCACGCCGUCCGCGUCCCCUGCGCCUCCCCGCAGUCCAUGCCUGGCCACCCGGUGCUGACCCCCGACCCCGACGAGCUGGGUGGCUUCUUCCCCGAGAUCGAGGAGGAGGAGGAACCCGUCGAGCCCGUCAACACCAAACUGGACCUGAAGGUCCAUUCCCUGACCCUUGUGCUCAACAAGAAAACCAACGAGCUGGCCAAGGCUAGUGUCUCCAAACUGGCAGCCCACAUGGAGAUCAUUGAGGGAGACCUGACGCUGCAGGGCAGUCUGGGUAGUCUGUCUCUCAGUGACCUCACCCCGCACGGCGACCUGUACAGGGAACGCUUCACCACCCGCGGUGGAGAGGCCCUGGUGUUCAACAUCCACAAGUACGGUGAGGCCGACCCUUACCUGGAGCGGGAGUACGACAUCAAGCUGUCCCUGCAGAUGGCCUCCGUGCAGUACGUCCACACCCAGCGCUUCCAGGCCGAGGUGGUGGCCUUCAUCCAGCAUUUCACCCAGCUGCAGGACGUCCUGGGCCGGCAGAGGGCGGCAGUCGAGGGUCAGGCUGUGCGGGAGCGGGCCCAGAGGGCGUCCCGGGUGCUCCUAGACAUCGAGGCGGGCGCCCCCGUGCUGCUGAUCCCCGAGAGCUCCCGCUCCCCCCGCCUCAUCGUGGCCAACCUGGGCCAGCUGCGCGUGCGCAACUGCUUCCUGUUCUCCGGCGCGCACGGCACCUUCUCCCUCAGAGACAAGGACCGCGUGCGGGACGCUGCUUCAGCGAGCUCGGCGAGAGAGGCCCCGGGGCCCGCGCGGAAGGCCAGAGCAGGGGCCCCGGGCCCCUCAGGCUCUGGGUUCACGCUGGGCCGGCCCCAGCAUGCCAUGGGCAGGAUCCCCGAGGACAACGUGCCUCUGAGUCCAGAGGAGCGCGUGUGUCUGCUGGACUGCAUCACUCUGGACCUGCAGGAGAUGGACAUCUUCGCGGCGGAGCGUCUGGCGUGCGAGCCGUGGGAGGGGGCGGAGCCGCGGCCGGACGGCGACCUGCUCUUCCCGUCGUACGCCGUGCGCCGCACCGGCGGGAACCUGCUGAAGGAGCGCUGCCGCCUCACGCUGAAGGUGGAGAGGAACCUGGACAAAGAGCUGAGCCACGCCAUCCCGGACAUGACCAUCCACGGCAGCCUGUCCUCGGUGCACUGCUCCCUGGACCUGGACCGGUACCGGCUGAUCCGCGGCCUCCUGGAGAACAACCUGGGGGAACCGGUGGAGGAGUUCCUCCGGCCCUACAACCUGCAGGACCCCAGCACCUACACGGUGUUGAGCGGCGAUGUCUACACCUCUCUCUCCUUCCUGGUUGACAUGAUGAACGUCAGUCUGGAGCUCCACGACACGCCCACCUCCACUGGCCAGAAGCGCUCGUUGGCCAGGUUUGACUUCAUGAAGUCCAAGCUGCUGUUUGAGAGCUUCUCCAACGGGUCGAAGUCUGUGAACCUGGUGUCUCACUCCCUCCUGGCGUACGACACGCGGUUCACCGGACGCGGCCGCGGCUCCGAGGCCAAGCAGAACGCCUUCGACUGCAUCCUGCAGCCGUCCAGAACCGGAACCAACCGGGCCACCCUUCAGCUGGAGCUGCACUACAGGUCUACCCGCGAGUCCUCCUGCUUCACCGUGGUCCUCAACAACCUCCGGGUCUUCCUCAUCUUCGACUGGCUGCAGCUGGUGCGGGACUUCCUGCGGUUGCCGGCGGAGACGGGCGCGGCCCCGCCCCGGCAACGGUGGCCGAGUGGCGGCAGCGAUCCGGGCGGGGCCACGGGCGCGGUCAUGCCCAAAACCGUCAAGAGCGGCGUGGUCACCAAGCGCUCGACCGUGCCCGUGACCCAGGAGCACCACCUGGAGGUGAAGGUCAAUGUGACAGGGACGGAGUUUGUGGUGGUUGAGGACUCCUCGUCUCUCGACACCAACGCCAUCAUCCUGAAAGGCACCACCGUGCUGACCUACAAGCCCCGCCUCUUGGACCGCCCCUUCUCCGGGAGCCUGGCAGGCAUCGAGGUGUUCUCGUGCCGGCUGGGCAGCGAGCAGGAGACGGCGCUCUCCAUCAUCGACCCGGUGAACGUGCAGGUGGAGCUGUGCGGCAGCCCCACCUAUCAGACCAGCUCGGGGCUCCUGGACGCCUUCAACAUGGAGGACUUCCCCCCGCUGCUGGAGAUCCAGUUUCCAGCUCUGGAUAUCCGACUCUCCUACAACGACGUCCUGCUUUUCCUGGCCAUCGCCAAGUCCAUCCCCACGUCAGGAUCUCAGAGCGCGGACGAUCCCUCCGGCACCUCCACGGCCAACCCCGACGCCGUCCCCUCCCAGAAGGACCUUUUCAGGCACAAGACUGAGGCCCUGCUGGAGGGGCAGCUGUCUCGGCUGCAGGACCUGGGCUUCAGACAGGAAGACUGCAAGAGGGCCCUCAUCAACUGUAAAGGGCAGCUGGACCAGGCCGCUACCUGGCUGCUGGAGAACGCCGAGGCGAGGACGUCAUACUCCGUGGGCGGGGCCGAGUCGGGCUCGGCCAAUCACACGGCCCCGCCGCUGUCGGGCGUGGAGGUGAAGGCGGAGAGCGUGUGCAUCUGCUUCAUCGACGACUGCCUGGACUGCGACGUUCCCCUCGCGGAGAUCACCUUCUCCCGUCUGUAUGUUCUGCAGCGUAUUGGCUCCACGCAGGAGGGGAAUGCCAGCUUCACGCUGUCAGGAGAUUACUACAACAGAGAGCUCUCAGGCUGGGAGCCCUUCAUCGAGCCCUGGCCCUGCUUCCUCACCUGGCAGCAGCAGGCAGCGGGACGCCUGCACCCCCCGCGGCUCAAAAUGGGGGUUCGAGCCAAACAGCGUCUGGACAUCAACAUCACCUCUGUCCUCCUGGAGCAGUACAGCACCACUAAGAGCUCCUGGUUGGCCGAUUACUGCAAGGAGAAGGAGGAGGAGCCUCCCACCCCGUCGGCCGCUGCCCUAUCCUGGAUGGGGUCGUCCGUGGACCCGCCCUCUUUUGGACAGACGGACGUGAAGCUGUCCAAGAGGAGGCAGCCCUUUGUGCCGUACGCCCUGCGCAACCACACCGGCUGCACCAUGUGGUUCGCCACUCUCACUACCACGCCCACCAGGGUGGCGCUGUCUCACAGUGGCAGCGCUGACUCCAUAUCGGACGCCCACGGCCCCGGGACGGACGACACGCACAACGUGAGCCAGUGGAGGGAGGUUCUGCCCGGGGAGGAGAUCCCCUUUGAGUUCCAGGCGCGAGAGAAACUCCGGCACAGACACACCCACGAGCUGAAGCUGCACCAGCUGCUGGUGCGUGUGGGGGGGUGGGAGCAGGUGAAGCCCGUCUCCGUGGACAAAGUGGGCGUGUUCUUCCGCUACGCCGCGCCUGACCGCAACAACCCCUGCAACACGGUUGGAAGCCCCAUCAGCAGGACCAAUAUCAUCCACCCACACGUCUAUUUCUCGGCCCUGCCCCCUGUGAGGGUGGUGUUCUCCAUCACCAUGGAGGGCAGCGCCCGCAAGGUCAUCACUGUCCGCUCCGCCCUCAUGGUGAAGAACCGCCUGGAGGUUCCCAUGGAGAUCCGCCUGGACAGCCCGUCAGCUCCAGACAAGCCCGUGGUCCUGCCCCCCAUCAUGCCCGGUGAGGCCCAGGCCGUGCCCCUGCACCUGACCUCCUGGAGGCUGCAGGCCCGGCCCAAAGGCCUGGGGCUGUUCUUCUGCAAGGUGCCCAUCCACUGGACCAGCGUGGAGCGGCCCGGGGAGGUCAGCAGCAGCAAGCGCGAGUGCCAGAGCACCGACUUCGACGACCACCCCAAGCGCAGCUUCAGGUUUUGUGUGGUGAUAAAGAAGGAGAACUACCCCGACCAGCAGCCCGCCAAGACCGUGUCCGGCGGGGCCCAGACCAUCUACCGCCAGCCCGGGCACACCGUCUACCUGCUGCCCACCCUGGUGCUGGCCAACCUGCUGCCCUGCGACCUCAACUACUACAUCAAGGGCACCUCCAUCCAGGGCGCCAUGAAGCCGGGGAAGGAGGCCGUGCUGCACGCGGCUGACACCUCUCAGAACAUGGAGCUGGGAGUGCUGCUGGAGAACUUCCCCGUGUGUAAGGAGCUGCUCAUCCCCCCCGGCACGCAGAACUACGUGGUGCGCAUGCGCGUGUACGACGUCAACAAGCGGCUGAUGUGCCUCACCAUCCGCAUCGUGCUCCGAGCCCCGGGCGCGCUCAAGAUCCUCAUCUCCGCCCCCUACUGGCUGAUCAACAAAACGGGGCUGCCUCUGAUUUUCCGUCAGGACAACGGGAAGACGGACGCCGCCGGUCAGUUCGAGGAGCACGAGCUUGCCAGGAGCCUGAGCCCCCUCCUCUUCUGUUACACGGACAAAGAGCAGCCCAAUAUGUGCACCAUGCGCAUUGGGAAGGGGAUCCACCCAGACGGGGUCCCGGGCUGGUGCCAGGGCUUCUCCCUGGACGGGGGCAGCGGGGUGCGGGCGGUGAAGGUCAUCCAGCACGGGAACCGACCCGGCCUCAUCUACAACAUCGGCAUCAACGUGCGGAAGGGGAAGGGCCGGUAUCGGGACACCCACAUCGUGACCUUUGCCCCCCGCUAUCUCCUGGACAACCGGUCUUCUCACAAGCUGGCCUUCUCCCAGCGCGAGUUUGCCAGAGGAAAGGGCACGGAGAACCCGGAGGGCUACAUCUCCACGCUGCCGGGCUCCAGCGUGGUGUUCCACUGGCCCCGGAACGACUACGACCAGCUCCUCUGCGUGCGGCUCAUGGACGUCCAGAACUGCACCUGGUCCGGUGGGUUCGAGGUCAACAAGCCCAAGUCCUUCCACGUCAACAUGAGGGACACUCUGGGGAACUGCUUCUUCCUGCGGGCUGAGAUCGCUCUGAAGGGGGCCACGUACCAGAUCUCAUUCUGCGACACGGACCAGCUUCCCCCGCCCUUCCGCAUAGACAACUUCUCUGAGGUGCCGAUCCAGUUCUGGCAGCACGGCGUGGCGGACAUGCGUCUGCACACGGAGGUGAAGGCCGGGGCGGUGCUGGACUACGCCUGUGACGAGCCCACCCUGCUGCCCUACCUCACGCUCAUGGUCAAGGGCGCCGGGUCGUCCGAGGUCACCGCCGACAUGAACUUCUUCCGCGAGUACAACAAGCUGUACUACGAGAACUUCAUCUACAUCGCCGCCACGCACACCUUCUCCCAGGAUGCUGGGAAGCGGCCGGGUAAGAAGAGGGACGUGAGCGGGGCUGAGCUGGUUCUGGACGUGGAGACGAAGACGCAGAGAGUCAUCCUGAAGAAGAAGGAGCCCGGCAAGCGCUCGCAGCUGUGGAGGAUGACGGGCACCGGGAUGCUCUGCCACGAAGGCUCCUCCCCUCCGCAGAACAAGCCGGCCCAGCCACGCCCCCUUGACUCCUCCCUCGUCCUGGACAUCGCGGGAUUGGCUGCUGUCACGGACAACAGUUAUGAGCCCCUGAUGUUGAGGAGGCCAGACUCCCGGCGCAGUACCACCCAGACCUGGCACUUCAGCUCCGGCCUGCUGACCUGCGGCCUGCCAAGACUGGUGGUGCAGGUGAAAGGGGGCGUUUCGGGGCUGUUUGACGGGGCGGAGGUGGUGCUGGGGCCGGACUCUGGGGUGCUGGAGCUCACGCCCGAGCAGCAGUUCAUCAACCAGAAGAUGCGGCCGGGGUCCGGGGUUCUGUCCAUCCAGGUGCUGCCCGACGGACCCACCCGGGUUCUGCAGAUCAGCGACUUAAACCAGCGGCGGAUCAACCGCACCUCCCCCAGCACAGACGAGGACAAGGACGGCAAACAGAAGAAGGUUCCGGACGAGGAGCUGGAGCUGCUGGUGAACCUGGAGGAGGGCGUGGGCAUCUCCCUGGUGAACAAGCUGCCCGAGGAGCUGGUGUUCGUCACGCUGUCCGGCAUCGACGUGCACUUCACCCGCACGGCCGCCAGCGAGAUCCUGGAGCUCAGCGUGCUCCACAUCCAGGUGGAUAACCAGCUGCUGGGCACCACCCAGCCCGUGAUGCUGUGUGUGACGCCCAGCUCCAGCGAGAGCAGCGCCAUGGAUACAGGCCCCGCCCUCGAGGUCAACGCCGUGAAGGUGCCCAGCAACCUGAUGCUGACGGACCUGUUCAAGCACCUGAUGGUCACGGCCCGGCGCUUCACGGUCAUCAUCGAGGAGAAGCUCCUGCUGAAGCUGCUCAGCUUCUUCGGCUACGGCCAAUCAGAGCCAGAACUGGAGAAGCUGGAUGAGAGUCUGUAUGAGAAGCCCAGUGAGGACGGGGGGGCGCUGAAGCGAUACUACUUUGAGAACCUGAAGAUCAGCCUCCCCCAGGUCAAGCUGAGCGUCUUCACCUCCCACAAGCUCCCCGUGGACCUGAAGGCGCUGAAAGGCACCCUGGGUAUCCUGCUCAUCCGGUUCGAGGACGCCGUCAUCAACAUGUAUCCCUACACCAGAGUGCACCCGUACGAGACGCAGGAGAUCAUCGUCAACGACGUGCUCAAGCACUUCAGAGAGGAGAUGAUCAGCCAGGCGGCUCAGAUUCUGGGGUCCGUGGACUUCCUGGGGAACCCCAUGGGCCUGCUCAAUGAUGUCACAGAGGGCGUGUCCGAGCUCAUUCGCUACGGCAACGUGGGCGGGCUCAUCCGGAACGUCACGCACGGAGUCUCCAACUCGGCUGCCAAGUUUGCGGGAACGCUGUCGGAUGGGCUUGGGAAGACCAUGGACAACCGGCACCAGAGCGAGCGGGAGUAUAUCCGUUACCAUGGCGCCACCAGCGGGGAGCACCUGGUGGCCGGCAUCCACGGACUGGCGCACGGCAUCAUCGGCGGCCUGACCAGCGUCAUCACGUCGACGGUGGAGGGCGUGAAGACGGAGGGCGGGGUCAGCGGGUUCUUCUCCGGCCUGGGGAAGGGUCUGGUCGGCACGGUGACCAAGCCGGUGGCGGGAGCCUUGGACUUCGCCUCGGAGACGGCCCAGACCGUCCGCGACAUGGCCAGCCUGAGCAACCACAGGCUGAGUGUGCAGAGGGUGAGGAAGCCUCGUUGCUGUAAGGGUCCUCAGGUCCUCCCCCGGUUCUCUGGCUCUCAGGCCGACGGACAGGAGCAGCUCUUCCGCCUGACAGACAGCAUCCACUCCGAGUUCUUCAUCGCGGUGGAGCCCAUAGACUCGUACUGCGUGCUCAUCUCCUCGAAGGUGGUGUACUUCCUGAAUCCGGGAGAGGUGGACCGCGAGGCCAUCUUCCUGGAGGUCAAGUACGACGACCUGUACCACUGCCUGGUGUCCAAGGACCACGGGAAGGUGUACCUGCAGCUGACCAAGAAGGCGGAGAGCUCAGGCAGCGGAGUGGCCAUCCCCGGGCCCUCGCACCAGAAGCCCAUGGUUCAUGUGAAGACUGAGAGCCUCGCCAUCAAAAUCUCUCAGGAGAUCAACUACGCCAAGAGCCUCUACUACGAGCAGCAGCUGAUGCUGCCGCCCAAUGAGACUGAAGACUACCUGCUGCUGGAUUCCUAACUGACCAAUCGGAGGGCAGGCAGGUUUUACUUUGUACAGGAAGCAAUUAGCCAAUGCUGACAUCGCCUGAAGGUAUCUGGGACACAGAAUGUGUAGAGAAAUUGGAAGGUUAUUGCGAGGCACUUUAUUUGGACUGAAAUAUAUAACCUGUCCCAGGUAUCAGGCAGGUUCCCAGAAGCACAGAACAGAGUUGUAAAAUAUGGAAAUAUGAAAACCUAGUAUUAUUUUAUCAGGUUCUAUACAUGUAAAACAAAAAUUAGAUAGAACUACAAAGAUAUUUUAUUUUACAGAGAUGUUUAUAAAGUUGCUGGUUUGUGUGGGAAUACAUACUUCCGUUGGUAGUGUUAUGAUUAGACCCCCAGACGUGUAUAUAUACACAUGCACAUACGCACAUGGACUGACCCUAUAUGUAUAUACACUGAUAGCAGAGAGACACUACCAGGCCGUGUACAGAGUGAGGACGGAGGUUUAUAUGAAGAUAAACUGUUCGUGGAAAGCUGUAUAAAACUGCCUUUAAUUAAAAUGCUCUAUAUAUUUUUUUUCUUUGUGUAUAAAGCACUGGCUAGUUGGAACCUGUAAAAUACGUUGCACUGAUUCUGUUGUGCGAGACACUGCAGCUGCUCUUGCCACUGGUACAAGUAAUCACACACACACACACACACACACACACACACACCACACACACACACACACACACACACACACACACACACACAGUGGAUGAUAUAGACACUCUGAGACUCACUGUAGGCCAGUAUGUGAUGAGUGUGCGAAUAGAUAUUUUUCACUCUGGGCCAUGGGUCAUGGGCCCAGGACGACAGAAAGUCUUGGUCUUCGCGUUCACCUGGAUUUUUGGAUCGAGAACUGCGAGGGAAAGUAAUAUCGUCACGCACAUUAGCAUAGCGUGCUAACUUGGGCCUAACGUCUCCCCUCUGCUAAAACAGCAGUGCUCCGCAAUAUCUAUAUUUUGUGCCUUUCGUUAACGCAGUGAUAACAUUUCAGGCUGAUCGUACCAAAUAAACGCUUCGUUACUUUAGAGCUAUUAGACGUAGUCAGUAUUCAGUCCAGUUUGUUUAUUUCAGGUCUUCCUCAAACCCCCCCUUAAAACGGUCACGCGUGAUGCGUGUUCACCCUUACAGACGUCCCGGCGUUUGGUUAGAUAGCACAUGAGGACUAUGGUGUCAGUUAUUCUCCUUCUGCUGCAGUAACAGACUCCGGACCCUAGACCCCAGCUCUGCCACUCCACUGUGCUCUGAAAGCAGGGCUCCAGGCUCUCUCUCUCUCUCUCUCUCUCUCUCCCUCUCCCUCUCUCUCUCUCCCUCUCUCUCCCUCUCUCCCUCUCC